AUGGCGGAUGACCAUCAGAAGCGGAUAGCGAUCAUCGGAGCAGGAAUCAGCGGCCUCCUCGCCUGCAAAUACGCCCUCUCCAAGGGCUUCCACCCAACAGUCUUUGAAGCCCGAAGCAGCAUCGGCGGAGUCUGGAGAAAAACUCUGUCCACCACCAGGCUCCAAUCCCCAAAAUCAGUCUACCAAUUCUCCGACUUCCCCUGGCCGGAUUCCGUCACCGCCGAAUUCCCAUCUCAGGAUGAGGUCCUCGGUUACAUCCAAGCCUACGCCGCCCACUUCGGCCUGGCGAAGCACAUCAAGUUCAACACCAAAGUUCUCAGCAUCAACUAUAGUGGAGCGGCAGAGGACGAGACGGCAGCCGGCGACGUUUCGAGCUCCGACGGGAAAUGGGAGGUGGAAUUCUCCAGUGGGACAGAAUCUUUGGCAGGGAGUGAAGUUUUCGAAGCUGAUUUUGUUGUACUGUGCGUGGGGAAGUACAGCGGCGUGCCGAAUAUCCCUGAAUUCGCUCCUGGAAAGGAACCUGAAGCGUUUCAGGGGAGAGUGAUUCAUUCCAUGGAGUACACCGAUCUAAAGCCAGAGCAAUGUAAAGAUCUGGUGGAAGGGAAGAGAGUCGCCGUCGUUGGGUUUCAGAAACACGCUCUGGAUAUCGCUAUGGAGUGCUCUGCAAUCAACGGAAAGGAGAAUCCUUGCAAAUUGCUGUACAGAACAGAGCACUGGAACGUCCCUGAUUACUUGCCGUGGGGGAUCCCUCUGCCGAAACUCUAUUUCACUCGCUUUGCGGAGCUAUUAGUGCACAAACCAGGGGAAGGCCUCUUGCUCAGCUUUCUGGCAACAGUUCUCUCCCCAAUUAGAUGGGCGAUGUCCAAAUUCGUGGAGACCGACAUCAAGCACAAGCAUCGAUUGGCGAAAUACGGGAUGGUACCAAAACAGAGCUUUCUUCAGGAACUGAGUACGUGCUUGAUCUCGACGGUCCCUGAGAAAUUCUACGACCGCGUGGAAGAAGGGAGCAUCGUGCUGAAGAAAGCUCCGAGCUUUAAUUUCUGUCAGGAAGGGAUCGAAAUCGAUCAAAUUCAACAGCCGGUAAUUGAGGCCGACGUGGUGAUAUUCGCCACCGGAUUCAGAGGCGAAAAGAAGCUCCAGGACAUCUUCCGGUCGAAACGUUUCGGGGAAAUCGUCGUCGGCUCUCCGAACGCCGUCGUACCUCUCUACAGGGAAUGCCUUCCUCCGAGGAUUCCGCAGCUGGCGGUGCUGGGGUUCUCGGAGAGCAUCUCGAACUUGUUCUCGUCGGAGAUAAGGAGCCGGUGGCUGUCGGAGCUUCUCGACGGGAAGUUUAAGCUGCCGGCGAUCAAGGAGAUGGAAGAGGAGGCGGCGAAGUGGGACGAGUACUUCAAGAGAUAUGGCGGGGAGUUCUACCGGAGGUCCUGCGUUGGCGCGCUGCAUAUAUGGCACAACGACCAGCUGUGCAGGGAUAUGGGCUGGAAGCCGAAGAGAAAGAAUGGGCUUUGGGCUGAGUUGUUCGAGCCUUAUGGCCCAAUGGACUACGUCUGCUCUUGA